CUGCCCACUUAAAAGUAUUCGAUCAAUCGAUCAUCAGUCGCAAAACCCUCUUCGCCUGAAAUCAUCUCUAGUCACUGGGAAAAUGGCUUCCAGCCCUCUACCGGAGCCCGUCCAGGUCUGCGUCAAGGCCGUCGCUGGCUCACCGGACAUCAUCGGCGACUGCCCAUUUUGUCAAAGGGUUCUUCUAACUCUGGAAGAGAAGGGAAUUCCCUAUGAAACGAAGCUGGUUGACUUGAGCAAUAAGCCGGAUUGGUUUUUGAAGAUUAGCCCGGAGGGGAAGGUGCCGGUGCUCAAGAUUGAAGAAGACCAAUGGAUACCCGACUCGGAUGUCAUAACUCAGAUCAUCGAGGAGAAAUACCCCAGUCCUUCUUUUGCGACUCCACCAGAGAAAGCAUCUGUGGGAUCAAAAAUAUUUUCCUCUUUUGUGACAUUCUUGAAGAGCAAGGACCCCAAUGAUGGAUCAGAGCAGGCAUUGCUGAAUGAGUUACAGGCGCUUGAUGAACAUCUUAAAACUAAUGGACCAUAUAUAAAUGGAGAAAACAUUUCUGCUGCUGAUUUCAGUCUGGCACCCAAGUUAUUUCAUCUUGUGGUUGCCCUUGGUCACUUCAAAGGCUGGAGCAUCCCAGAAAACUUGACCUAUGUUCAUGCAUACACAAAGUUACUUUUCAACCGAGACUCCUUUGUGAAGACCAAACCAGCUGCAGACGAUUACGUGAUUGCUGGAUGGGCACCAAAAGUGAAUUCUUGAGAAACUACUAUCUGUUGCUGGUACCACUUAUGCUUUGUUGCACCUAAAGUUAUGUGUAGUUUACCCAAAUGCUGCUAUUGAUUCUGUGGAUCUACUUGUUUGCAAACAAUGAAAAUGGUAUGUUUGGUGUAGAGAAGUAAUUUAGCCUACUUGGAUAAUAAAAUUUCUAAUGACCGUAUCCAAAUUUAGUUUUA